GCUAAUUUUCUUGGAUGACGUAGGUGCUACCGUAGUUCCGCAAGCGGCCGUGUGAGGCACCCCAGUCGAGCUCCGCCUGCAGGCCAGCUGUUGCAAGCAAAAGCAAAGUCGUUGAUAGCGGAGAGGCAUUUCAGUGCCGAUAUCUGUAGGUUGUUGGUGGUGGAAAUUGUGGAGUUGUGCGGCUUUACUAGUGCGUGUUUAUGUGUCGAGGGACGGUUACUAAUUUCUUUGUUAUUUCUCUCUCGCCCGUAUAUUCCGGACGGUAGUGAAGUCAAACAAAAGUCAAACAUUAGCAUAUCAAGAUUGCACUGUCCGGACGUGGGGAACAUCUUUGACACCGAAGAGCAAACAACAUCUUAGGAUGGAAGCAGAGGCCGGAGGCAACGAGCUGGGUGCGCAGCCGGUGGAGGAGGAGCCGCUGCUCGGCGCCGUCGACAUUCUGCUGCUGGCCGCGCUGCUGGGGCUCGCCGUCUGGUACCUGCGCAGCCGCAAGGCCAAGAAGGAGGCCCAGCUGUCCGCCUUCUCCACAAAGUCCUACACCAUACAACCAACGGCAAUGACGGCUCCCGCGUCUGACCAGUCGUUCAUCCAGAAGCUGAAGACGUCGGGUCGCAGCCUGGUGGUGUUCUAUGGCAGCCAGACGGGCACUGCAGAGGAGUUCGCCGGCCGGCUCGCCAAGGAGGGAGCGCGCUACCGCCUCAAGGGCAUGGUGGCGGACCCCGAGGAAUGCGACAUGGAAGAGCUGACGAGCCUCAAGGACAUUCCCAACUCGCUGGCUGUGUUCUGCAUGGCCACGUACGGCGAGGGCGACCCCACGGACAACGCCAUGGAGUUCUACGAGUGGCUGCAGAACGGAGACCCCGACCUCACCGGUCUCAACUACGCGGUGUUUGGGCUGGGCAAUAAGACAUAUGAGCACUACAAUGAGGUGGCCAAGUACAUUGACAAGAGGCUGGAAGACCUAGGUGCAACACGUGUCUAUGAAAUGGGCCUUGGCGAUGAUGAUGCCAAUAUUGAAGAUGAUUUUAUCACAUGGAAGGAUCAGUUUUGGCCAGCUGUUUGUGAAUUCUUUGGUAUAGAGUCCACUGGUGAAGAUGUUAGUGUGCGGCAAUAUCGACUCACUGAGCACGACUCCAUUUCACCUGAGAAGAUCUACACAGGAGAAGUAGCACGGCUGCAUUCACUUGCAAACCAGAGACCACCAUAUGAUGCAAAGAACCCAUUUCUUGCACCAGUUAAAGUCAACAGAGAACUUCAUAAGGCUGGUGAUCGAUCCUGCAUGCAUAUAGAAUUUGAUAUUGAGGGAUCCAAAAUGAGAUAUGAUUCAGGUGACCAUGUGGCUGUGUAUCCCAUGAAUGAUGAAGCACUUGUCAACAGGAUAGGUGAACUGUUGGUUAUUGACUUGGACACUGUGAUCACAUUGACAAAUACUGAUGAGGAAUCAACUAAGAAGCACCCAUUCCCAUGUCCUUGUUCAUAUCGUACAGCUCUGAGGCAUUACUUGGACAUCACUUCUAAUCCCCGCACUCACAUUUUGAAGGAACUCGUAGAGUAUACUAAGGAUCCAGAGGAACAAGAGAAACUGAAGCUAAUGUCAAGCACAUCUCCUGAAGGAAAGUCAUUGUACAAUCAGUGGAUAAUUAAAGACAACCGUAACAUUGUUCAUAUACUGGAAGAUCUGCCCUCUUGCAAGCCUGCUCUUGAUCACUUGUGUGAACUGCUUCCCCGCCUGCAGGCGAGAUACUACUCCAUUUCAUCAUCUCCAAAGGUGUAUCCAAAUUCAGUGCAUGUGACAGCAGUGUUAGUGGAUUAUACGACACCUACUGGUCGCCACAACAAGGGUGUUGCAACAAGUUGGCUGAAGAAGAAGCAACCAAAAGAAGAUUUUACACCCACUACUCCAAUCUACAUUAGAAGAUCACAGUUCAGGCUUCCAACAAGAACUCAGACACCCAUUAUAAUGAUUGGUCCAGGGACAGGUCUGGCACCUUUCCGUGGGUUUAUUCAAGAACGGCAUCUUUCAAAAAAAGAAGGGAAGCCAGUUGGUGACACUAUACUGUAUUUUGGCUGUCGUAAGAAAUCUGAAGAUUUUAUCUAUCAAGAUGAACUGGAACAGUAUGUCAAUGAUGGUACACUUAAGAUGUAUGUUGCAUUCUCAAGAGACCAAGCAGAGAAAGUCUAUGUUACCCACCUACUACAGAAGAACAAAGAUGAAAUCUGGAGUAUCAUUGGAGAAAACAAUGGGCACUUGUAUGUUUGUGGAGAUGCAAAGAAUAUGGCACGUGAUGUGCAUGACAUUGUUGUGAAAGUUGUCAUGGAAAAAGGAAACAUGUCAGAAUCAGAAGCUAUGGCCUAUGUGAAGAAGAUGGAGAACCAGAAAAGAUACUCUUCAGAUGUUUGGAGCUGAAGCUGCUGGUUCAGAAGUAAAGGCAUGUGAUAUCACUACAGAAAGCACAGAUGAAAUGAACUGUGACAUUCCCAUGAGAAUCAUUUUCGUUUCCAUAAAGUGGCAGUGUCUGUAGCAUUUUCAUUUUGUAAAAUGUUGAAACUGCCCAGAAUUUCAUCAGUCUGGACAGACAUUUAAGUGAUUAUUUUAAUGUGAAGCUACAAUUAUUUUUUUAUGAAGAGACUUUGUAUUUAUAGUAAAUAGAUGUUAUUUGUUAAUCAUGUGCAACUUUAAACCUGCGAAAGCCUCUUUGUCUAUACUGCAGAAAUUCAAACCUCGCCGUUUAGUUUUUUGUGCAAGGUUCCAGGAUGAAAUCUGUGUUUGACAGAAUAAGAAGGCACAAGUUUUCAAAAUGAAUUUCAUGAGGUUUGACAGAAUAAUGACGAUACUCAAUUUCUUUGUAAUAAUUCUGGCCCUGUGUUCACAAUUUUCUAGUUCAGGUGACUGGAAAAAUAUCUCACAAAGGUAGCUGUGAUCCAUAGUCUAUAUAUAGAAUUGUUUUAAUAUAAAUUCCAAAUCUUUAGAUUCCUGGCUUGUUUGAUAUAUUUUGCAUAGAUAACUGUGAUAUAUUUUGCAGCAUUUUUUGUCUAAACAGUUUUGCCUUAAGCCAAUAUCACACCAGUCUACUGUUUUAAGUACCACUGUAAAUUAUUCCCUUGAGUACGGUAACUAUUGAAUAAGAAAUGUUUUAAUAUUUGAUCAAAUGUAAAAAAGAAAAACGUUGAUCCAGAAAUAAUCUGGGUGCUAAAAUAUUUAUGUGAAAUUCACUGGAAGUGAUAUUUAAAGUAUUAAAGUAUUGUUUAAAAUAA